UAGGGUUAAGCAUUUUAAUCUUUCUCCUCCUUUGUGGUGUCGAGCUGAGAAUACCAGUUGCUCCAGUAGCCGGCACUAAACAACAUGGCGGACAAGGCAGUCACCAUCCGAACCAGGAAGUUUAUGACAAACAGGCUUCUCUCCAGAAAGCAGUUCGUCGUUGAUGUCCUUCAUCCAGGGAGGGCUAAUGUUUCCAAGGCUGAACUGAAGGAGAAGCUGGGAAGAAUGUAUGACGUGAAAGACACCAACACUGUAUUUGUCUUCAAGUUCCGAACUCAUUUUGGUGGUGGCAAGUCCACUGGGUUUGGUUUGAUCUAUGAUUCAGUUGAGAAUGCUAAGAAGUAUGAGCCUAAAUACAGGCUUAUCAGGAAUGGACUUGAUACCAAAGUAGAGAAAUCAAGGAAGCAAAUGAAGGAGAGAAAGAAUAGAGCUAAGAAGAUUCGUGGAGUUAAGAAGACCAAGGCAUCUGAUGCUGCAAAGGCGGGAAAAAAGAAAUGAGUUUUCAAACAUCCUGUCCUGAUUUUAAGGUUCUUUUGCUAUCGGUAUUUUCUAAUAGCUUCCUAGAAUGAGAUAUUUUGCUGUAAGUGUUACGUGUUAAUUGAUGUUCAGUUAUAACUAGAGAUUGGGUACUGGCAUGAUCAAUUUUGACAAUUCAGUUGAACACUUUGUUUUCAAAUAUUUAGUAUUUUGAUAAUGAAUUCUGGUGUUUCUUGAUUUGGGAUGAACCAGCCGAUUAUUGUCACAAAAUCA